AUGGCGCCAGGCGCAAUCGAUGUCAACAUACAAAGCAUCUCCGCUUAUGGACCUGCUCGGUCGACCGUCAAGGUUGACAAGCCACUCAGCUCAGAUGAGGUCCACAAGAUAAACGAAUAUUUCAAGGCCAGCCUGUACCUCUGUCUCGGUAUGCUUUACCUGCGCGACAACCCUCUGCUUAAAGAGCCUCUCAAGAAAGAGCAUAUCAAGAACCGUGUGCUCGGUCACUGGGGUUCAGAUGCUGGCCAAUCUUUUACAUGGAUUCACAUGAACCGCCUCAUCAAGAAGUACAGCCUGGAUUCAUUGUUCAUUUCUGGUCCCGGACACGGUGCUCCUGGUAUCUUGUCUCAGUCGUAUCUCGAGGGUGUCUAUAGUGAAGUGUACCCAGACAAGACCGAGGAUGAGGACGGCAUGCGCCGCUUCUUCAAGUCAUUUUCGUUCCCUGGUGGCAUUGGCAGUCACGCCACUCCUGAAACCCCGGGCAGUAUCCAUGAAGGUGGAGAACUGGGAUACUCGAUUUCGCAUGCCUUUGGAGCUGUUUACGACCACCCAGAUCUCAUCGCUUUGACAAUGGUCGGUGACGGAGAGGCCGAGACUGGACCACUCGCUACCAGUUGGCAUAGCACAAAAUUCCUCAACCCGAUUACUGAUGGUGCAGUCCUUCCAGUCUUACAUCUAAAUGGUUACAAGAUCAACAAUCCCACUCUCCUCGCUCGUAUCAGCCAUGAGGAGCUCGAAGCAUUGUUUAUCGGUUACGGCUGGGCACCAUAUUUCGUGGAGGGAAGCGACCUUCAAAGUAUGCACCAGAGCAUGGCCGCAACACUUGAGCACUGUGUUUUGGAUAUCAAGGAGAUUCAGAAGAAAGCUCGAGAAUCGAAGAAAGCAUUCCGACCACGCUGGCCCAUGAUCGUGCUACGCACCCCUAAAGGAUGGACUGCACCUAGAGAAGUUGAUGGAAAGAGACUCGAAGGUUUCUGGCGAUCACACCAAGUUCCAAUGCCAGAUGUACUUACUAACCCGGAUCACCUGAAGUUGCUUGAAUCAUGGAUGAAGAGUUAUGGCCCUGACGAACUCUUUGCAAACAAAGGCAAGCUUAUUCCUGAACUUAAAGCUCUUGCACCGACAGGAAAUUCCCGUAUGAGCGCCAACCCAGUUGGAAACGGCGGUCUUCUUCGCAAACCAUUAGAUCUGCCCGAUUUCCGCACCUAUGGUGUCCAGAAAAUCGAACCUGGAGUUUCACUCAUUGGAAACAUGACCAACCUGGCAAAAUUCCUGCGAGAUGUUAUUGCCAAAAACAAGACCAAUUUCCGUCUUUUUGGCCCAGAUGAAACUGAGUCCAACAAACUAGGUGAGGUCUACAAAGCUGGCAAGAAGGUAUGGCUCGGCGCAUACUUUGACGAAGAUCAAGACGGAGGCAACUUGGCCAUGGAAGGUCGGGUCAUGGAAAUGCUCAGUGAACACACCAUCGAGGGUUGGUUGGAAGGUUAUAUUCUGUCCGGACGACAUGGCCUGCUCAACAGCUACGAGCCUUUUAUUCACAUCAUUGACUCCAUGGUCAACCAACAUUGCAAAUGGCUCGAAAAGUGCUUGGAAGUCGAAUGGCGUGCGAAAGUGGCUUCGCUGAACAUCUUGCUCACAGCAACCGUCUGGCGUCAAGAUCACAAUGGUUUCACGCAUCAGGACCCUGGAUUCUUGGACGUUGUUGCCAACAAGAGCCCGGAAGUUGUUCGCAUCUACCUACCUCCCGAUGGAAAUUCGCUCCUAUCUGUGGCCGACCACUGUCUCCGCAGCGUCAACUACGUCAACGUCAUCGUCGCCGAUAAGCAAGAACACCUUCAGUUCCUCUCUAUGGAGGAAGCUAUCGAACAUUGUACCAAGGGUGUAGGUAUCUGGGACUGGGCUAGCAACGACCAAGGCGAAGAACCAGACGUCGUCAUGGCUUCCGCCGGUGAUGUAGCAACACACGAAGCCCUCGCCGCGACUGCAUUGCUUCGCCAAUACCUCCCCGGCGUCAAGGUCCGAUUCGUCAACGUCGUCGAUCUCUUCCGCCUAAUCCCCGAAACUCAACAUCCCCAUGGCAUGUCUGACCUGCAAUGGAAGGCGCUCUUCACAGAAGACAAACCCAUCAUCUUUAAUUUCCACUCAUACCCCUUCCUCGUCCACCGUCUCACCUACCGACGACCCGGACAAAAGAAUCUUCACGUCCGCGGUUAUCGCGAAAAGGGAAACAUCGAUACGCCUUUUGAGCUUGCUGUGAGAAACGAAACGGAUAGAUUCAGCCUCGCCAUUGCCGCUAUCGAUAAUAUCCCACGGUUGCACAACACGGCUUCUGCCAUCCGCGAGAAGUUUGUGAAUUCUCAGAUUGCUGCCAGGAAUACGGCGUUUGGGGAUGGUGUUGAUUCUGAGGAGAUUCGGACCUGGAAAUGGCCUUUUCCAAAGAAAGAAUUAAUUUAG